AUUUUUAAAUCCUGCUCUGUUUCAGGUAUUGCAUUAAUAUUGUGAACACAUUUUGUCAUCACAGCAGGAAGUUGUGUCUAUUACAUGUGUUAAAAGCGUUUAUUGAAGAUGAGGCAUGAAGAAGGGACAAAAUUACAGAAACCUCCAAAUAGGAAAAGUCUAUCUGAAAAACUGCUGGAUCUUGUGACACCAUCUCCAACCAUUGGAGAGGUGGAUGAAGAUGCAGUGAAUGCAGAGUCCAGAGCAAGAAUAAUAGAGAAAACUGGAGAUGUCAGUUUUGAUGAGGACAGAAAACAAAGCAGACUACGAAUUGCCAAUCAAGAAUCCCUGGAUGCAGUCAGUUGGCGCUAUCAUGGGAAGAAGAUCUCUCGAAAGAAGCUGGAGAAGGAUGGAAUGUCAUCAGAAGUUGAUCCUGGUGAGAAACAAAAGCUGCUGGAACACCUCCAAGAUUGCCUAAAAGAAGACCUGGAUUUAGAAUCAGAAGAAAGCUCCAUUUCUACAAAGGAAUCACUGGAAGAAGCACCUUCAGAUGAUUUAUCUGAGGAGGAAGCAGGUGAAGAGACUGAAAUGGCAGAAGAGGAGGAAGAUGAAGAGGAGUCCAGUGUGGGGGAAGAAGAUGAAUCAGAGCAAGGAGGAGAAGAGAGCUCAGAUGAUGAGGUCAUGGAAGGCAUUACAUCCACACUCAAUGAAGAGAAUGAAAUUCGACGAGGAGUUGCUGUUCGUCAACAAUUGGCACUAUGGGACAAAUUUCUGGAGCUGCGCAUCAAAUUGCAGAAACUUCUAGGAUUGGCCAACCAACUGCCACAGCCUGAGUCUUUUCCAGCAUUCAUUAAUUCUGGGGAUACAGACUCCGAAAAGGCUCUCAAAAGAAACAGGAGGUUGGUGUAUGAGUCCAUCUGUCAUCUCCUUCAUGCACAGAGUAUCUUGCUGUGCAAGGAUCCUGCCACGAAAAGUCUGAUCACUGGUCAAUCAACAAGAAACGAGGACAGUGAUGAAGAGAUCCCAAGUGAUGAAGCAAGUGGAACAGAGGAACCACAAGAAGAUUUGAUGGAUGAGGAUCUUACCCAAUUGAAGCCACACAUGGACAAGAAGGAAGUCAUAAAAGGUCUCUUAAAGCAGCAGGACAAGACAGCCAACUUUGUAGAAGACACCUUGACAAAAUGGGACUCAAGGACAAAGGUUGCAUCAGGGAAAUCAGCUGGAAUGCAAAGCAAGAGAUCCUUUGCUGCAUUUGAGACACAGCCCAUCUGCAAACAGAUUGAGCAUCUGCUACAAGAUAGAGAUCGCCUCAUUCGGCGCACUCAACUCAAGCGCUCUCAAUAUCAAGUGCUGGGGAAGCGAAAAGCACCAGAGAUUGAGGAAGCUCCAGUUGAUGAAUAUGAUGAACAAAUCUUUAAUGAUGAUGAUUUCUAUCAUCAGUUGCUCAGGGAACUAAUAGAGAGAAAGACUGUAGACACAUCUGACCCAACUACAAUGGGAAGGCAAUGGUUGGAGAUCCAGAAGCUCAGGAGUAGACUAAAGAAGAAACGCGAUAACCGAGCAAGCAAGGAGAGGAAGCUCAGCUUUGAGAUGGAUGUAGAUCAGGUUGUGGGACGUCAUCAUCUCCUGACCCCAAAGAAAAAUCCAAUAUCACAAGAUUAUACCCUUUCUGACAAGGUCUUGGGACUGGGUAUCAAUGGGAAGGUGGUUGAGUGUUUCAAAAAAGCAACAGGAGAAAAAUAUGCCCUGAAGAUUCUUCGUGACAAUCCAAAGGCAAGACGAGAAAUUGAGCUUCAUAUCAGAGCAUCUGGUUGUCCACACAUUGUGGCAGUUACAGAUGUUUAUGAGAAUAUGUUCAAGGACCAGAAGUGCCUUUUGGUCAUCAUGGAAUGCAUGGAAGGUGGUGAGCUAUUCAACAGGAUUCAAGAAAGAGAAGGUGCCUUCACAGAGAGAGAGGCUGCACAAAUCAUGUAUGAGAUUUGUGUUGCUGUCCGGUACUUGCAUCGCCUUAACAUUGCUCAUCGUGAUCUCAAGCCAGAAAACCUCCUUUACAGCAACAAAUCUCCUCAUGCUACCUUGAAGCUUACUGACUUUGGGUUUGCUAAAGAAACACUAUCCAAGGAUUCUCUUCAGACUCCUUGUUAUACCCCAUAUUAUGUUGCUCCAGAAGUUCUUGGACCAGAAAAGUAUGACAAAAGCUGUGACAUGUGGUCACUUGGUGUCAUCAUGUACAUUUUAUUGUGUGGCUUCCCACCAUUCUACAGCAAUCAUGGUCUGGCCAUAUCUCCUGGGAUGAAGAAGCGCAUUCGUGCAGGUCAGUAUGACUUCCCUAACCCAGAAUGGCGCAAUGUCAGCCAGGAUGCAAAAGACUUGAUAAAGGCAUUAUUAACAACUGAUCCAGCAAAGCGACCUGUCAUUGAUCAAGUCAUGUGCAACCCUUGGAUUGCAAAACACAUGGAAGUCCCUCAGACACCUCUGCACACAGCCAAGGUGCUCAAAGAAGAGGUGGCCCAAUGGCCUGAAGUGCAGGAAGAGAUGACUCGAUCUCUGGCCACAAUGCGAGUGGAUUAUGAUCAGGUCAACAUAAAAAAGUUGGAUCAUUCAAAGAACAAGCUCCUCGAGAAGAGACGUCAAAAGAAGUCCUAGGACUUUCUCACACCUUUUGCUCUUCCAUUUUAGACAAGUUUUCUCUUAGAGCCCGAGUGAUUGUAGGAACUCCCUCCCCCCAUUUUUUUCACUGGUUGUCUUGAUUUAUCUGAUACAGUUGAUUCCACUUAUUAGAAUAUUACUUAAUGGAACAUUCCACUUUACAGAAUACCAUUGUGCAGUCCCAAUUGGUUCUAUCCCAUUAAUUUAUUCUUAACUCUGUCCCAUUCCUUUUUUUUUCAUGCUAAGCA